AGAACCUUGGAAUGCUUCUCAAUCGGCAUUGCGGGUUAAACACUUUUAUUCCGCCUGAUAUUAUUCCUUAAAUAGUUCCGCUUCUCGGAUCCAAACAAAAAUCCACCUUUGCUGAACAUACUCUGUACAUAAUCCGUGCAAUGCAGGGAUUUGCCACGGCCAGUAAGUUUACCUACCCGAGAUACAACUAUUGCCCCUGAUGUACUCUGUACUCUGUAUCUUUAUGGUAUUUCCAGAGCAGUUCGUCCAACUCCCUUGUUUCACCGUGUGCUCUGGAUGGCAUUCCCUCUGCAUGCGUAACUCGUCAGCUGCUGGACCAUGUCUCAGACACAGCAGCCUUAUGCAGAAACCCAUUCGUACAGGAUACGAAUGGGCUACUGGCGCCAAGUCCAAAACACGCAGUUUACUACGGAGUUGCAAUAUCUUUUCGGACUGGCUUUACGCAGUAGAUACAAGCUCCGCAGUCUCACCAUACCGGAGGCUUAUCAAGGCUCAAAGGCACUAGAGCUGCAUGAAGCGCCUCAGCAAUUGUCUUUGAAGAGACAGGCCGCUGGCCUCCAACCGGACCAUUGGCUGACGCAAGUGCAAACUGAUCAAUAUUACAACUUACUUGACCCGCACGAUGCAUUCGCAUUUGACAAAGGUGUCAAGAAAAAUGUCUGGCCGUGUGCUCUACGGCAAACCUACCAGAUUUGGGGAUAACGAAGCUUUUUACAGAGCAACGGGUUGAGGGUUGUAUCGGCUGGAG